AUGCUCUGUCUCAUGCCAUCGUGCGACGAGGACGUUCGACGAGAAUUGCUCGGCAACAUCAUGCUGUCGGUGGGCACUACUUAACUUCCUUGCUUUGCCGAGCGCAAACAGCGGGAGAUCGCCGGACUGGCGCCCUCCAAUAUGAGAGUCAGAAUUAUGGCACCACCCGAUCGCCAGUUUGCUUCCUGGAUGGGUGGAUCGGUACUCAACUCACUGCCUUCGUUUAAACUGAUGUGUAUCUCGAAGGAAGAGUAUGAGGAGGUUGGUCCAUCUAUGGUGCACCGCAAGUGAUUCUAAGCGGCAGAUCCGUGCGUCUGCAUCCAUUUUAAACU